CAGAAAAUACGAAUAUCGAAGCAUUGUUCUCCGGCUUACUGUGCUCUUGUCUGCGAAUAGAAGAUAGAAGAAAGAAGACGACAGGAAGAAGAUGGUGGAGACGAAUCCUCCGUCUAUCGCUUUGCGCCGCCUGCCGGCGCCGUUCAUCAGCCCGUGGCUACGGCGACUCGGGUCGUUCACCCCCCAACAGAGCAACUCAACCAGCUUCAGUUCUGCAUCCACUCCAACCCAUCUUUGCUGCAGACUGUUUUACUUGCAUUCCAGCACUACAUUGUGGUGCUUGGUACUAUUGUUAUGAUAUCGAGUAUUGUGGUCCCUCAAAUGGGUGGAAGCCAUGGUGACAAGGCAAGAGUAAUUCAGACUUCUCUUUUUAUGAGUGGAAUAAAUACCCUGCUUCAAACAUUCAUAGGAACAAGGCUUCCGACAGUGAUGAGUGCAUCAUUUGCGUAUUUAAUACCAGUCACAUCUAUCAUCAAAGAUUUCUCAUUUAGAACCUUUGAAGAUGAGCGCCAGAGAUUUGUUCAUACCAUGAGAGCCAUCCAAGGUGCCUUGAUUGUCUCUUCGUUUGUUAACAUCAUCAUUGGGUACAGCAAAGCAUGGGGAAACUUUUCAAAAUUUUUCAGUCCUAUAGUAAUUGUUCCUACCGUCUGCUUGGUGGGUCUUGGGCUCUUCGAACAGGGUUUUCCUCAGGUUGCAAAGUGUGUGGAGAUUGGAUUGCCAAUGCUAAUUUUAUUGGUGUUUUCUCAACAAUACAUGAAGCAUAUCAAUGAGAGGUCAUACUUUUUGUUUGAGAGGUUUGCUUUGCUUGCCUGCAUUGCAAUCAUCUGGGCUUUUGCGGCUAUUUUAACUGUUGGUGGUGCAUAUAACAAUGUUUCUGAGAAAACUAAGCAACAUUGUCGCACUGAUAGAUCAUAUCUUCUAUCAUCCGCACCGUGGAUUAAAAUCCCAUACCCAUUUCAAUGGGGUGCUCCCAUCUUUGUUGCUAGCCAUGUAUUUGGAAUGAUGGGUGCUGCACUUGUUGCACUUUUUGAGUCGACGGGAGCGCAUUAUGGAGCUUCACGUCUAGCAGGUGCUACUCCACCUCCGGCGCAUGUCUUAAGUCGAAGUAUUGGCCUUCAGGGCAUAGGUAUGCUGAUUGAAGGAAUAUUUGGAGCUAUAGCUGGUUCUACUGCUUCAGUUCAGAAUAUUGGACUCCUUGGAAUGACUCGAGUUGGAAGCAGGAGGGUGGUACAAAUUUCAACUGCUUUUAUGAUCUUCUUUUCUAUAUUUGGAAAAUUUGGUGCAUUAUUCGCUUCAAUCCCUUUGCCAAUAUUUGCAGCAAUAUACUGCAUUCUCUUUGGAUUAGUUGCUUCCACUGGUGUUUCUUUCUUCCAAUUCGCAAAUAAUAACUCCUUGAGGAACAUCUACGUCAUCGGCGUUUCACUCUUCCUCGGCAUAUCAAUACCUCAAUAUUUCCGUGAAUUCACUGCAUCUGCAGGCCAUGGACCUGCCCAAACAAAUGCUGGAUGGUUCAAUGACAUACUGAAUACAAUCUUCUCAUCUGCGCCAACUAUUUCAAUAUUGGUGGGUACAUUUCUGGACAAUACACUGGAAGCCAUUAAUGCAGCUGCAGAUAGAGGUCUCUCAUGGUGGAUUCCCUUUCAAAAUCGGAAAGGCGAUAUCAGAACUGAAGAGUUUUAUAGCUAUCCUAUCAGAGUACGUGAACUUCUUCCAAGGUAAUUCUGAUAAAUGGGAAGUUAUAUAUUUAUAUAUAUAAAGCUGCUGCUCUUUCAGAUCUUGCAAGGCUUUGAAUGCAGCAGCUGCCUGAAUGUAAUUAUUAGUGUGAUUGUUGAUACUGCUGAAGCUUUCUUUAAUAUUUACACAACUCAAGCCUGUAUUUUGUUAUCUUUUUUGUUUGUUGGAGCUUGGAAUGGAAAAAAAAAAAAACUGUUUUGUGUAUUGCUGUAACAAAUAUAUUAACUGAGAAAGUGCUUUGAAUGGUGA